AUGUUCACCAGCUUCACCGGAAACCCACGGCGGUCCCGUCAGGUCAACCUUUCAGGUCGCAAGACGAACCCAUUCGGCACACCAGGCACUGGCGCCGGGUCACAACCCGCCCUGGACCGCGCGCAGCAAGAGCGUGCACAACGACAGCGAGAAAGAGACACACUCAAUGCGGCGAAGAAGAUACAGAAAGUAUGGAGAGGACAUGCAAGCAGACAAAGAGUCGCCGACUAUCUACGCCAGACAUGGGAUGCUACAGAGAAGGAAGACUGCAGCCAUGAAGACCGCCCAUCAUACAACGACGAAAAGACGGCAUUAUUACAGUUACAACGACUGUUGCGCUUUGCAUCCACACGCAAAGAGCAAGACCUGGAGCGCAUAAGACAUCUCGGAGCCCGGCUACAGUCGACCAAAGAGCUGAAUGUGGAGGCACGAGAUGCUUCGUGGCCAGUGGCAUACUUCAAGUUUGAAAAAUUGCUGCUGGCAGCUCUGCAGCGGAUGAACAAGGUACCAACGUCUUGGUGGAAUAAUGGGUCAGAGAAGCCGGAUGAACAACCUGUGAAUCUCAUUUCGAUUUUGCAGUUCGUUGCUGGUCAGAUUCCCUCAGAGACAUCUCAGUAUGCAAACGUCUACUACAACACCCUUGCCGAAACUAUGUCGAAGCUAGUGCCAACCCUGUUGGACACGACGAUGGAAGCCGCCCACUGGAUGACAUUGGAGACUUUCCUUCGUACGAUCCUUGUGCCCCUCAAAGCAGUGACUGGAUACACUUUGGACGCAUACGAUGCUUUCGGGCAAAUCUUCAUGACUCUCCCACUGCUUAGCUCUGAUUCAACCUCGCCGCUCAUUCGGAAGUUCAGAGACGCACUCGCUGAGUCCAUCAACUACAAGCUACUCGCCAAUGCACUAGCCACCUCACUCAAAGCGUCUGGUAUACAAUCACGCCCCCAGCUCAAGAGCUCGACCAGUCGUGUACGACUACUUGGCUUGUUCAUUUACUUCCAUCGAUAUGCGCAUAACUUCGAUUCACCAGAAGCUUACGCCAUACAUCAGGACUUUGUUAUGGUUGUGUCUUUGAUUCUAAAUUCGCUGCCAGUCAGCAUCUUUGGCAAGGAUGAGAUCGUGAUGGACAUAUCCGACGAGAAAGAUGUCUCCGCGGACACCGUCACACAGUUUCUCAUGGAACAAGUGCAGUCCCUGGUCAAUCAAGAAGGCAUUGGCAGUCUUUUGGCCGGUUCAUCACAGUCCUCUGGAGCGUCGGAAGACGAAAAGAUCGACGAGGCGAGACAAUUAGCCAACUACGCGCUUGCACUGCUUCGUUUUUUCCCUAAAAGGGGCGAUGAGAUACGCAUGUGGCUGUACAUUGGUCCUCCCGACAAUAGAGAUGGUGGACGGAAGUCUCCGGCGAUCAGAUACUUUUGGGAAGCUUCAAAGCGUUCAUCAGUGUUUGCAACUAUUUUCCGCGAUUCGCGCGCCGCUAUCGAGCUCUUGAAGCCGAAGACCUCAGACUCCAGUGCUUCAGGCCUGAUUCAGCAUGGUUUUUGGCAAGCGGCGCAACAAGAAGUCAACCGUGAGGCUGCUGCUGCCGAUGAGUGGAGGGUCAUACUUGUCUUCCUCGAGCUGUACACAUUUGUGCUCAAAGUGACGGACGAUGAAGAGUUCUUCUCUGCAGGAAAACAGGACGGACUUUCUGGCCAGGUACGCGACAGUGGUCUCCCUCUAACCGAGGUGAAAGACCUGACGACAUUCUUGAAGAAUCUUGGGUUCACGUUAUACUUCAACGCAGCCGACAUCACCCCGGCAGAAGAGCGCACAAAUGCAAGCACUAGCCUCAACUUCUACAACUACCAGGCUGUAGAGAAUCAAUCCACCAAGGAAGCACAAGAGCCUUCUGUUGGCGGCGUUGCAGGCCUUAGUCUCGAUUAUGUCAAAGGAUUGGUUACUGGGCUCUUGCGUAUGGUGUACGAGAGAGAUUCACGACGCACAUUCCUACCCGCUGAUCACUGGCUGAUGACUUCGCGUUUCGACAUGACUGGCUUUAUUCCAGCUGUGGUUGAGGAGGAAGAAUCACGGCACAAGAUCCAAGACGAAGACGCUGGUGAUGUCGAUGAAGAAGAGGAAGAGGAGGAUUAUGACGACACACCACAGCUGAUCGGCACGAGCCGUGUACAGCAGCAGCGCAGGCUGGAAAGGCUACAGCGGCAGCAGCGCAAGGCUUCACGGAGAAGAUAUUUGCAAGCGGUCGCACCGCGCUUAGAGAUUCUGCAGAACAUGCCUUUCUUCAUUCCAUUUACAACCAGAGUAAAGAUCUUCCGCGAGUUCGUACAUCUGGACAUGACAAAACGGAGAAACACCGCUGAUCCAGAGGCUUGGCGGGCGAGAAUGAUGUUUGGCGGUGGGCCUGGCGACAAGCACUCUGCAAGGAUCCGACGCGAUAACGAGUUCGAAGAUGCCUACGAGCAGUUCUACCCACUGGGACAAGGACUCAAAGAGCCUAUACAGAUCACUUUCGUUGACCAGUUCGACGCACCAGAGGCUGGUAUCGACGGUGGCGGAGUGACGAAGGAGUUUCUGACGAGCGUUACAAACCGAGCUUUCAUGCCUACAGAUUCCGUGGACAUGUUUGUUGAGAACGAUCAACACCUUCUCUACCCGAACCCCGCCGCGGUUGAAGAGCACAAGGAGCUGUUGAAGCAACAAGGAUUGCGCGAAACCUCUCCAGACUUUCGACAUGAAGUCACCGAGCUACUCCAUCGCUACGAGUUUCUUGGUCGUAUCAUAGGAAAGUGUUUGUACGAGGGGAUUUUGGUGGAUGUCAACUUUGCGGCGUUCUUCCUUCGCAAGUGGGCGCUCACCGGCGGCACUGGCUCUGCACCGAACGAAUCCGGAUAUCGUCCUACCCUCAACGACCUUCGUGAUCUUGACGAAGAACUUUACCAAGGUCUCCAUAAACUCAAAACUUAUCCCGGCGACGUCGAAGACUUCUCGCUCAACUUCACUGUCACCGACACCGUUGUCACUGACCAUGCCUCAUCCCCUAAGAAAACCAAAGCCAUCACCAAAGACCUUAAGUCCGGCGGUGCCGACACAGCAGUGACUAACCAAAACCGCUUGGUCUACAUCAGCUACAUGGCACGCCAUCGUCUUCAGAACCAGCCAUAUCUGCAGACGACCGCCUUCCUCCGCGGCCUGAGUACAAUGAUACAACCGUCCUGGCUUUCCAUGUUCAACCAUUCAGAGCUGCAAACCCUCAUUUCUGGCACACGAACUCAAAUCGACGUCGAAGAUCUGCGCCGCAACACCAUCUACGGCGGCACCUACGUCAUCGGUGACGAUGGACUUGAGCACCCCACUGUACAGCUCUUCUGGAGAAUCAUGAAGGACAUUAGCGAUGACGAGCGGCGUGCGGUUCUCAAGUUCGUCACAUCUACGCCGCGAGCGCCGUUGCUUGGGUUUGGUACACUGAAUCCACGCUUCAGUAUCAGGGAUGGUGGAAGUGAUCAAGAGAGGCUGCCUAGUACAAGCACUUGUGUAAAUCUGCUAAAGCUGCCGAUGUAUAGAGAAUAUGGCGUGUUGAAGGAGAAGUUGCUGUAUAGUGUGUUCAGCGGAGCCGGGUUUGACCUGAGCUAG